AUGGGAAGCAUUGGCGGAGUUGUAAGGAACCAUAAAGGCGAUUUCCUACUUGGAUACUCAGAACCAAUAGGGAAAACAACAAGCACCAUUGCAGAAAUAACUGCGCUUCAGCGUGGCCUUGAUUUGGUUCUUGAAAAUGGCUUGCAAAAUGUUUGGUUUGAGGGAGACGAAAAAAGAUUGCUUGAAAUUAUUGCAAACCAGAUACCAGUUGGACCUGAAGAAAUACAAAGACGAGUGAAACUUAUAAAUUUGAUUUUACCUGAAUUGAACAGUUAUAAGAUGACUCAUAUUUACAGGGAAGGUACAUGCUCUUCUGGUGCUUCUACCGGUGUCACUGCUGGUGCUGGUGGUAUUGGUCUUGCUGAUGGCUCUUGUGCUGGUCCCAUGUGUGGUGGAUUCAUCUCUUUAUAA